GGAAUCUCCAAGCAUCUUCUAUGGACUCGUGACCAGACAGAUCGGCAGAGCCAGCUCUCCCAGGGGCCUUGGACCACAGCCUGGGCCGACGGCAUGCGGCUGCCCCGCGCCUUCUCCUCGGGCACCGCGGUGGCCGCCCUCCUGCUGGGGCAGACCUGCCUGCUGCUGUUCCUGGCCUGGCGGCCGGGUCCGGCGUCGCCGGCGGGCGGCCCGGAGCGCGUGCACGUGCUGGUGCUGUCGUCGUGGCGCUCGGGCUCGUCCUUCGUGGGGCAGCUGUUCAGCCAGCACCCGGACGUCUUCUACCUGAUGGAGCCCGCGUGGCACGUGUGGGCCGCGCUGUCGCAGGGCAGCGCCGCCGCGCUGCAGAUGGCCGUGCGGGACCUGGUGCGCUCGGUGUUCCUGUGCGACAUGGACGUGUUCGAGGCCUACCUGCCGUGGCGCCGCAACCUGUCGGACCUGUUCCAGUGGGCGGUGAGCCGCGCGCUGUGCUCGCCGCCCGCCUGCGGCGCCUUCCCGCGCGGCGCCAUCAGCAGCGAGGCGGUGUGCAAGCCGCUGUGCGCGCGGCGCCCCUUCGCGGCGGUGCGGGACGCCUGCCGCACCUACAGCCACGUGGUGCUCAAGGAGGUCCGCUUCUUCGACCUGCGGGCGCUGCGGCCGCUGCUCACCGACCCGGCCCUCGACCUGCGCCUGGUGCACCUGGUGCGCGACCCCCGCGCCGUGCUGCGCUCGCGCGAGCAGACGGCCCGCGCGCUGGCCCGCGACAACGGCAUCGUGCUGGGCACCAACGGCACGUGGGUGGAGGCCGACCCGCGCCUGCGCGUGGUGACGGAGGUGUGCCGCAGCCACGUGCGCAUCGCCGACGCCGCGCUGCGCAAGCCGCCGCCCUUCCUGCGCGGCCGCUACCUGCUGGUGCGCUUCGAGGACCUGGCGCGCGACCCGCUCGCCGAGAUCCGCGCGCUCUACGCCUUCGCCGGCCUGCGCCUCACGCCCGAGCUGCGGGCCUGGAUCCACAACCUCACGCACGGCCCCGGCCCCGGCCCCGGCCCCGGCGCGCGCCGCGAGGCCUUCCAGACCACCUCCCGGGACGCGCGGAACGUCUCGCAGGCCUGGCGCCACGCGCUGCCCUUCGCCAAGAUCCGCCGCGUGCAGGAGCUCUGCGCAGGCGCGCUGCAGGCGCUCGGCUACCGGCCCGUCUUCUCCGAGCAGGAGCAGCGCGACCUCGCGCUCGACCUGGUGCUGCCGCGCGGCCCCGGCAGCUUCCGGUGGGCGUCGGCCGCCGGGCCGCAGCUGGGGCCCUAGCCGA